AUGGUCAAACCCACCAGCAUCUUACUGAAAAAGUCCAAGAGUAAUCAGGCAGCCUUUGCACCACAAGACUACAAAAUAUUCAUGGAGGAGGCAUACAAUUCAGCCAUCUGUUUUAAGCUUCUGCAGGACUUGGGGACUUCUGACAUUCCCCGAGUAAAAAUGGUAACGAAGAAACUCAACAACAUAGCUAAGGUGGAGCAGAACAUGGUACUGGAGACCAUCAAUGAUUACUUCGUGGACAACUCAGAGCUUUCUGCCAAGCACAAGUACCGAUUAUUCCAGGUCCUUGAAAGCAUCAUCCUUGAAGCUCCACACAUCCCGGAUGACUGGGGAGAAAGAUUUAUUGGGCUUGCUUUGGAAAAUAUGACCAAGACCACGGAUCUAGAAGAUAUUUAUCAGGAUGCUGCAAGCAACGUGCUCUUGGCUAUGUGCAAACACUCUUGGAAUCUAGUGUCCACCAAGCUCGAGGAAGAUUUCCUAACUGGCAUUUUCCCCCAUCGCAGCCUUCUCUAUGUGAUGGGCAUCAUCUCCACCAAUGAUAAAUUACUCAGUCCCACACAGAGAGAUCGCUGGCAAGAACAGCUGAUUCAGAUGGGAGCCAGGUCUGUUCAGUUCUUAACAGUAGAUGGAUGGGCAAAGUCACUAAUGCUUGCUGUUACCAAACCUGACCGGACUUACAGGGAGCAAAAUCCAGAGAAGACUUUCCUGUUCAUCUACUAUGGGAUGAUCCUACGAGCAGCCAACAACAGCAACAUGGUCAGGAAACACCUAAGGUCACUUCUGGACACAUCCCAUCAGUCCCCGCAACAGAGAGAGGGAAUUGCCCUCACCAUAGGAUUAACAGCAGCACGACAUCUGGAUGAUGCUUGGGCAGUCCUGGACCAGUUUGGCCGGACAGGACCUUUGAAGCGGACUCUUAACAACUUUAACAUUAAGGAGGAAGAGGACCCAAAGUUGAAGUGGGCCAGCAGUACCAUCCUUCUCUCCUAUGGGCAGAUGGCAGCCAAGGCCAAAGAGAAUAUCCUUCCUUGGGUGGACAACAUCUCCUCGAGAAUGGUCUUCUACUUCCGUAGUAGCUACUGGGAUGACAUCCUCAAGCAGAGCUUUCUAGAGGCCACCUUGUUGCUGGUAGGAGCCAUCAGCAGGAAUGAGGGGGCCCACAGUUAUGAGUUCACUCAGGUGCCUGAGCUCAUCGACAGCCUAAUGGUGCUGAUGAAGAAAGAACCCCAGGACACCCUCUGUACCACAAAUCGACAACAGGUUAUGCGCAUCCUGUCAGGACUUUGCAAAUUGAGGCCACUGUUGGACUCUAAAAGGAAAUCCAAGAUUCUCUUCACUUGUUUCCAAAGUGUGUUUAAACUGCCCCUGGUGGAGGCUCUGGAGAAGCACACCUGUCUCCUGGCAGACCCUCCUGAUAUACAGAAACUCUACCUGGACACCAUGAGCGCCUUAGAUGAGCUUCUCCAGAGCUUAAUCACAGAGAAUCCCAAGCCAGAAGAACUUCACUACUUGCUAGGGCACAUGUACAACUGGCUGUCCUCUGAGAAGGUUCAUGAACGUCAACGGGCAGUUAGGUGCUGCAUGGUUCUCCUCAAGUUUCUGGCCCAGAAAGCCUUCCUGGAUAAAACUGAAGAAUUUGGAAGAAUUGGGCACAUUGUGGGCAUGCUGGGCAUGUUAUGUCAAGAUCCAGAUAAAGACAUACAGCAACUGGUGCUUGAAGCAAUUAACUAUCUAUACCAAAUCCUUCUAUAUCAGAAAGGUUUGGAGGUACCUGUCCUUUUCAGAAACAUGGGGCAGAGUGAAGAAAGCCAGUGUCCAUCAGAGCAGGAACCAAUACCCAUGCCAGAGGUUCCUCUCAACCCCAGCUCCCACAUUAUCAAGGAGUUUGCGAAGCAUUUCUCUUUGCUUCAGAUGAAAGAUCUCAUCUGGACAGUGAUGGAUGGCCUACAGAGUUCCCAGGAUUUCCGAAGGGAGACUGCAGGGGAAAUGCUUGUUGUCAUCCUAGAAGACUUUGGGCCUCGGGUGGAGACGGUUUCAGACAUCAGCCGGACCCUGUACUGCCACCUCACCUCCAUUGACUCAGUGAAUGUCAAGAAAAAAGUCCUGAAGGCCAUCACCUUGCUGUCUAGACACCACACCCGGGAACUAGUGAACUCCUUCCUACAGUAUUCUCUCCUACUGGACCGUGAAGCCAUCAACCUUUGGAGGGCCAUGGGAUCAGAGAGGUUGACAGCCCCCAAAGUGCUCCAUGUGCUGCUCAUCAAGCUACAGGAUCGACCAAAUCCAGGGGAAUUCACCCGGGCCAAGGACACAAAGGUCUACCUAGAUUCAUUAGCUGCCAUGAAUACACUCUAUGAAAUUCAGUAUUCCCGUGAAUACAAAGAGGCCAUACAGAACUGGUACCCACAGCUCCUGCUGGGUCUCCUUACUCAGCUGCACUACAUCUUUGAGCUUGGCUUGUUCGAACCACCCAACAAUAAUGAGGCAUCACAGGAGACAGAUCCAAUACCCAGCCCGUGGAGAACCUCUCUGGAUUCCGUGAAGAGUCUCCUGUACACCAGUGGCCACUGGAAGGACUUUGCACAGCUAGAGCUACAAGAAGCCUGGGAUCUCUUCUCCAGCUUCGAUACCUAUCAUCAGGGGGUGACCCUCAUUGCCAGGGCCAUGGUGCAGAAUUCCUGCAGCCAAAUCAAAGGAGUCCUUUACCAGACCAUCUCCAACAUGGAGGCCAAACCAGAACGUGACAAGAAGGUGGCCAGCCUCUUUUUCACAGAGUUUCUCAACAGCCCAAUAAUGCUGAAGGAGCUACCUAAACAGGCUGUAUUGUCACAUCUCCAUCAAGGGCUGACUGACCCCAACCCUUCCAUCCAAGUGAUCAGCCUGCAAGGUCUCAAGAAUGUCAUCUUUGACUCAGAGAAGGGUAACCUUCUCCGGGCCCAGCUGCCAGCCUUCCUGGAGGGCUUCUACAAUGAAAAUGAGCAGGUGGUCAUCAGGGUCAUGAGCACAGUGGCUGAUGUCCUGUACUGCCUGGGCCAGCAAGGAACUGGCCAACAGUGCCAGGAGAUUGCCCUCAAUCUUCGCAACUUCUUUGAUGAUGAACGAGAUAAGGUACGAGCAUCGGCCAUCUCCCUGUUUGGAGACCUAGUGAUUUCUAUGGAGGGGAAGGAUUACCAUACUCUGAAGCCCCAGGUGCAUCAGAGCCUGAUCCCACUUCUCGUGCACCUGAAGGACAAGUGCCCAGCAGUUAUAACGAAAAGCAAGUUCACUUUCUACCGUUGUGCUGUGUUCUUGAACUGGAAACUCCGCCACACACUGUUCUGUACAUUAGCCUGGGAAGAAGGCCUCAGUGCCCGCCAUUUUCUCUGGUCCUGUCUGAUGGAGAAUACCGAUGGAGAAUUUCCCAUCCACCUCUCUCAAGCAGUCAGAUAUCUCCACAGUCCCCAUCAAAACCUCAAAACUUCAGCAGCCUUGUUUAUAGGCUACACCAUCUGUUAUUAUCCCAGUGCUAUCUUCGAGAAAGCGAGUGAUGUUGACUUGGCCUUGUUCUAUUCCACUUUGGAAGAACUCAAGCACGACCCCACACAGGCCAUCAGGGACUUCGCCACAAAGCACUCCAUCUUCCUGGAGGAAGCGUACAGAAUUAUGCACUGA